AUGACAUUCGAACACACUUCCCCCGCCCCCUCGUCACCAUUGGCGGGCACGCCUCCAUCUCUGACGAGUAACUCUGGCACAGCGACGCCCCAGCGCACGAACACGCUCGUGAUCGCGCAGCUUCCACCGACCUUUUUCGAGGCGAUUGUGCUAGACACAUUGCGUAGACAUUUUGGGACAUACGGGUCUAUAUACGCGUGGGCGCCGUUGAAGUCCUUUGCGAGGAUCAUUUUGGUGUAUUACUCUGAGGAUGAUGCAGAACAAGCCAAGGAUGCUUGCGACAGGCUGCUCGUAGGCCCAUCGGAGGAUAGCCCAGCAGCUUUGCUUAGGGUAUACCGUGCAGACCGCACGACUAUCGUCGUGAACGAAGCAGAAUACGAUAACAUCCAUCUACGUCCCCCGAAGCUCGAGAAGAACUUCCUUAUCUCGCCACCGGGGUCCCCGCCGGUUGGAUGGGAACCCAUACUCGAACAUCCACCGAACGCGACGCCGCUCGCGGAGGACUUGAUGACCGCAUUACGGCAUUUACAGCUACAGGAGGAGCACCGCGAUCGCCCCCCGGGCGUCGAGGUGCUGCUUGAGCCGGAGGACGGUGUGGGCAUCAGCGUGUAUGUGGAAGACUGCGACGGCGGUGAGGGCGGCGCAUCAGCAGUGGAGGAGGACUGGAAUUAUGGCGAGACAUCGCCAGCGCGUGCGCAGUGGAGGCCGAUGCCAACUUCGAUGCCGCCUACGAUGCAUGUUGGGGCUUGA